GCUUCCGGUUCCGCACUCGCUUUCCGGUCACCAUGGCGACCGGCCGCCUCGGGCUGGAGGAGACGCUGGCGGCCCUCAACGCGGCGCUGGGGCCCGGCGGACCCGUGUGGCUCAAGGAGACGCGUCCCCGCCACCUGCGGACCCGGGACUUCCUGGCGCCGCGGCGCGCGCUGCAGGCCCGCUGCGGGGACGGACAGGUGCCCGAGCUCGUGCAGGCGCUGGCGGCGCUGCAGGGCCCCGGCGUCGCUCCCGUGCUGCGGUGCACGCCGACCCCCGCGGGCCUGGAGCUGCAGCUGCAGCGCGCCGCCGUCUUCCAGCGCGUCCUCGGCGCCGCGCCCGCCUACGCCGCGCCCGCCGCCGGCCCCGCACCACCCCCGCGCGUCCUCGUGCACUGCCCCGCGCUGCGGGCCGACCCCUGCGCGCUCCGCCUGGGCCGGCUGCGGGCCGUGCUCGUGGCCGACCACCUGGCGCGAGCCCUGCGCGCUCACGGGGUCCGCGUCCGCCGGGUGCCCGCCACCCAGGACCCGCGCAUGGCGGCCUUGCUGCAGCGACUGCGGGUGGACUGGCCGGUCGCCGCGGGCAGAGCCGACGCGGAGGCGCUGAGGAGCCGCUUGCUCGAGGUGCUCGUCCCGCCCCCCGACGGCGCCGCCCCGGCUGCGGGCGUCCUGGGCACCGUGUGCCUCGAGGGCCCGAUGGAGGAGCGGGGCCGCGCCGCGGGCUACGACCCCGGCCUGCGCAGCUGUGUGGUGACCGACGAGCUGCUCGCCACGCUGGCCGAGCUCCGAGAGGCCGUGCGACUCUGCGCUGACGACUGCGCCCAAGGCCUGGCUCCCGCCCCGGAUCCCGGUGCCGAUGGCUGCACGGUCGUGCACGUGGUGAGCUGUGCGGAGGAAUUCCAGCAGCAGAAGCUAGACCUGCUGUGGUGGAAGCUGGACGACCGGGCUCCGCUCACACAGAAGCACCUGGUCUGUGGCCCUGUGAAAGUGGCUGGAACAUCUGACGCCCCGACUGCCUCGGAAUAUUACGAGCUGCGUCACAGACAAGCCUGCAAAGCCUCGUCCCUGAAGCACGGCACAGACCUGGCACAAGACCCGGACUGGGUGGAGACCUUCAAGGUCCUGUCUGUAGCAACCAUCAAAUUUGAGAUGCUCGGCACGGCCCCGCAGAGUCAGCUGCUCCUGGCCCUGGACGACAGCGGCACUUCCACAAAGGGCACCAAGAGCGGCACCUUUGUCAUGUACAACUGUGCGCGUCUUGCGACACUGUUUGAGAGCUUCGGCUGCGGCGUGGACCGAGGUCUGUACCCCGCUUUUCCUCCUGUGAGGAGCCUGGACUUCUCGCUGCUCCGUGACGAGGGUGAGUGGCUGCUGCUUUUCAACAGCGUCCUCCCCUUCUCGGACCUGCUGAGCCAUAUGGCAGCCCUGCCCCACAGGGGCCUGGGGCUCCACGUCACCGCGCGCACAGAAACGGUGUGCAAGUUCCUGCUUCAGCUCAGCAUGGACUUCAGCUCUUACUAUAACCGUGUACACAUAUUAGGGGAGCCUCUGCCGCACCUGUUUGGUCAGAUGUUUGCCCGCCUGCAGCUUCUGCGGGCUGUGCGUGAAGUGCUGCACAGUGGCCUGGCCAUGCUGGGUCUCCCUCCACUAAGCCACAUCUAAGAUUACAACAGACACCCUGACAUCUGGGAUGGUUCACAAAGUCACUGGAGAUGAAAACACAAGACUUCCUAGAGAACUGGAGACAAAAUAAACUGCUUCCAUUGCAAA